CGAUUCCCCAAGAGCUGCGUUUACGGAGUACUUCGUCAUCCUUCAAACCAUUUGGAAUUAUACCAUCUACCAAACGCACCUGCCCACGCCAUUGUCAACCAUUUCAAUCCUUGAAUUUCCUUUCUAAAAUGUAUCUCCGAUCUCUUCUGCGCUCCUCCCAACCUCGUCUCUCUGCAACCUUACCCACCAAACCAUCCCCCUCUCGUCUCGCGAGACCCUUCCAUUCCACCGCCGCAGCUAUGGUCAAAGAAGGUGACGCCGUUCCUAAUGUCGAGCUUUUCGAAACAUCUCCGGGCAACAGGGUCAACUUGUCGAAAGAGCUCGCAUCAGGCAAGGGCCUCGUGAUUGGAGUUCCUGCUGCUUUCUCCCCGACUUGCACCGGCAACCAUGUUCCAGGAUACAUCGCCAGUGACAAGUUGAAGACCGCUGGCAAGGUUUUUGUCGUCUCAGUCAACGACGCCUGGGUCACCAACGCAUGGGGCAAGACGCUGGAUGAGAACAAGUCGAGCGGUAUCCGCUUCAUCGCCGAUCCUGCCGGAGAAUUCACACAGGCAUGGGAUGUGGCUUUCGACACCACUGCCAUUACCGGCAACUAUCGCAGCAAACGCUAUGCCAUUGCCACUGAGGAUGGAAAGGUUGUCAAGGUCGCGAUCGAGCCCGACAAUACCAGCCUGACAAUCUCGGCUGCCGACAAGUUCUUGUAAUUGUACAGCUGCUCGGGUCGUGUGGCCAGCCAAUGUGGGGUCUGUGAGUCUUGAAAGAUUAUAGAAAAUAAGCAGACUUGAAGAGACGAAAAGAGUCGAUACCACUUAAUACGACACUGAUUGCAUCAUUGUUCAAUCUCGGGAGUCCCCACCGCUUCGUCUCGAGUCUCAUCCAGCACUCUUCCCUCUGACAAUGUGUGCAGCCCCAAUGCACCGCUUCUGCCCGGGACGGACAGACACGAGACCCGUCUGUUCGCGAUCAAGGUCCUUCAAGAUGGGUACACUAGGAGAUGUUACCUCGGUGCUUGGGUCAAUCGAAACCUGUAAUCUCUCCACGCAUUACUGUAGCACAUCUAUUUAGGUCAAGAGCGCUCUGACUUCGGCACCAGUCCGUGGAUAUAGGUCUCUAAGGGAUUCGGGUGAGCCAAGGUCUCCUGGUCCGUCUUUGGCAGCAUCUCUAGUUUCAUCGACGAUGGUUGAUCCAGCCUGGACGUCGACCAUCUCCAACAUGGCCUCUAGCUCGUCGAAGUCGGCGCAGAAGCGGUC